GCGCUCCCUCUUCUUUCCUACAUUCAAACAUGGCGAAACUCUUUGCCAUUAUACCACCUCCAUCACCCUCCUCCUCCUCCUCUUCAUCGUUAUCACCACCAUCAUCAUUGUCAUCAUCAUCAUCACCAUUAUCUCCGGUACAGUGAUGACCCGGGAGGAUGGAGAAGUUGUCGGCGAGCCUGUCGGAGAUCACUUGGAGCCCGUUGGCGCUGCCAUUGGACGCGGUGGUCAGCAAGUUCCGUCUGCCCACUCUGGUCCGCCUGGCCCACGGUGAAUGUGUGGAGGGUCUGUCGGAGGAGGAUGUGGUGCUGUUACACUCCUGUCGUCAGUGGACCACAGUGACGGCCCACAGCUUAGAGGAAGGACACUACGUCAUUGGACCCAAGAUAGACAUCCCUCUGCAAUACCAGGGAAAGUUCAAGCUGUUGGAUGAAGACCGGGACAUUAGGGAUCCAGUCCAGUAUUUCUCCAGUGUGGAGGAAGUUGCUGGAGUCUUCCCUGACCGGGUCUUUGUCAUGGAGACGAUCACUUUCAGCGUCAAGGUGGUAUCAGGGGAGUUCAGCGAGGACAGUGAGCCCUACAGCUUCACUCUGCAGGCUGGAGAUGAGCUGUCACUCAUGGGGAAGGCAGAGCUUCUGUGUGCCACGCCAUCUAAGGAAAAGACGGGACUGAGCGCGCUCUUGAGACGCUUGGGGAAGACUCCCCGAAGUAAAACUCCCUGCCUGGUCUGUAUGAACCAUCGCACCAAUCAGAGCGUCAGCCUGCCCUUUGCCUGCCGUGGACGCUUUUGCACACGCUCCCCUUUGGAGCAGGGCAUGCUGGGAGGAGAGCAUACGGUGCGCAGCAUCAUCGAGAGGGUUCGCCUCCCUGUCAACGUGUCUGUGCCGUCACGGCCACCGCGAAACCCCUACGACCGCCAUGCGGUACGAGAGGGCCACCGCUACAAACUGCUCAACAUCGUCAGCAAGACAGUGGUGCUCUGCAUGGUACUUCGCAGACAGGAAGUCUCCCCCUCCCACUUCCUGCUGCUGCGUUGCAUGCCCCGCUUCAACGUGGCUGAGGCCUCCGUCCACACGGCAGCACUGGAGAGCCUGCUACUGCGACAUGCGUUCGACCCGGAUGCCUACUCUCGUGCUGUUCGGGAGACCCGGCCAGAGCUGGAGUGUAUGACGGAGGAGUGUGUGAGCCCGCGGCGUUCUCGUGUGUGUGUGUCGGGUCAGGACUCUUUGGCGCCGGCGCUGCAGAGGCUGUCGAUGUGCGGGUAUGGGGGCGGGGUUUCGGACAGCCUAUCACAGCGCUGCAGGGACUCUCUCGGAGACCGAAUGGGGGAGGGGCCAGGUGAGGAGAGGGAGUAUAUGACUCCUGAGUGGACUGAGGCUGAAAUGAGGACCAGUGAGGAGAUCCCUUAUGAGGAACUUUGGACCAAUCAGAACGCAGAGGGCUUAGGAAAGGAGCCAAACCUCAUCUCCUUUCAUUCGUCCUCCUCAUUGGACGGUUCUCUUGGUACCGUGGUGACAAGAGUGUCUACCCCGCCACCUGUACCUCCAAAAUCUGAUGCUGUGAGAGAGGAGUGUCGCUACUUGAUCGCCCCUCCGGUCCCCCCUCGGUGUUCUAAAGGAGGCUCCAUCUCCAGCCCAGCCCCCAGCCCUCCUGUCCCUCCUCGCUUCCCCAAAACCUCCACCUCCCCCAGACCCAACCUCUCCUUCUACUCUUCCGGACUGCAGGACAGCUGCUCGCCCUCACCAGAUGCUUCUCUCUACUGUUACCCGUGCUCCUGGGCUGACUGCCCCGCCCCGAACCCUGCCAGCCCUGAGCCGGUCUCUGCCCUCCCUGCAGACAACGCAGCCAAUCCUCAGCCAGCGCAGGCCACCUGGGCAGAGCCAUGGGUGGAUUCCUUCACCUCUGGGCCUCGACUGAGGCCGCCACCCCCGCAGAGUCGCUUCGCUCCUUUCGGGGCUUUGAACCCUUUCAACCGCCAAUCGCCUUGCCCCUCACCUGAGCCCACUGCCAAUCCCACGACAGAUUCCUCCAGAGGUGCAGAGGGGGGCGGGACAUCCACAGGAGUGACUGAAGGGUUGGCCCCUCCCACUGACCCCACCUGGCGGCCUCCUGCUGAUCUGUCUGCGCUGUCAUUGGAGGAAGUGUCGGCCUGUCUGCGGUUCAUCGGCCUAUCAGAAGCAGCGGUGUCCGUGUUCCAGAGGGAGCGAAUUGACGGCAGCCUCCUGGUGCAGCUGACUGAGGACAUCCUGUCACAUGACUUCCACCUGAGCCGACUCCAUGUCACCAAGAUCACACAGUUCAUACAGGGAUGGAGGCCCAAGAUCUAACAAACACACACACACACACAUACAGCACACACACACACACUGUCCUGAUAAUGUGCCUGUUGGCUACUGAGCCAUACUGAAUGUGCCUUCCACUGUGACCAAUUGGCUGCUGAGCCCCAAUGACUGAAGCUGAGACUUUGCUGUGGGAAACCACGCCUCCCUGUGGCCAAACUAUGGAACUGACACUUAACUGGUUCCCAUGCCAGGAGUCUCUGACAGACUGACUGAAUAUUUCCUGUCUGAAUCACAGACUGGGACUAGUUUACUAACAAAUGGCUACAAGGUGACCUGUUUUAAUGUGUCACUGGGGGUGAGUCAACCACAACACUUCUCAUGCUACAAGACAACAGAAAGAUUUCCAGCACUACUACACUACUACACAGCCUCCAUGCUGUGGUCCUUUGAUUGCUAAAAAAUCCAGUUUAAAAUAUGAAAUGAGUACAAAACUUGCCUUCAUUUGACGUAAAAAUAUUUUUACAAUAUAAAAAUUUCAACUCAACAACUUUAGACAGACAUGGUUCAACUCUUUAAGGAGAGUUUUUGCAAUAUAAGAGGGACAUAAAGGAAUUCACAGCCUUCAUUGGUUGCCAGUACAGUAGGAGAUGUAACAACAUAAAUGUAUCACUGAACCUGUCCUCUACACAAGUCUCUUGCACAGUCUUCUUCAUUUGUCCUGUUGAGCUUUUGUGGCCUGUAAUUGGUAUAAACAACAAAUUGAUAACAAGAAAAAAGAAAAAAAAGAAAAGAACAAUGCAGAAAGUCAGAAACCUUAGCAUACAAUGAAGUAAUGCCUGAGUUAAUGAUUCACUGAACCAUCACUGCAUUUACAGCUUUUUGUGUUUUGGGACAGUGACACAUUUUUAUUAACAUCCCCUUUAAUUGUAACACAAGAUGUCAUUCAGUCUGUAGUCAGACACACAGAUGUGCUGCCUCAAAAAUAGAGUUCUUAAAAUGUACCUCAGAUCACUUGUUUGAGAUGCUUGAUUUAGUCAUGCGUAAUAAUAAAUGAAAUUAUGCUUAAUUGUAUGUUGACACAGAAAUCCAUUUUUUCAUGUCAUCACCGAGCACCACGAGACAGGAGUACUGGGUCCAGUUAAAAAAAAACAGCAAAAUUUGUCAAAAAUAUUAUGAGAGGUCCAUAGUGCCCAAUCUAAACUGUUGGAGGGUUGUUAAUGUUGCAUGUGAUAUUAAACAACUGUUGUGAUUGUCCAGUCAUUAAAUAACAAAAAGGAACUUCCAAAGUGAGUUAUAUAAUUCUCUAAAUUUGUGGCGGUAUAACUGAUGUGUUAACCAUUCUUAUCUGUUCCAUUAUUCUUGUUUGCAUUUUUCUAGAACUGAAACUAUUAGUUGACAGUUGAUCGACAGAAAAUUAAUUGGCAACAAUUUUGAUAAUCAAUUCAUAUGUAAAUUUUAAGCAAAAAUGCCAGA